AUGGCCAAAUACCAUCGCUAUUUUGUUAUCCUCCUACUCGCUCUUUUGUUUGUUCCAACGUUGACAAUGGCGAGGAAGCGCAAGUCACUCGAUCAACAAUACCGGCCGGCACUCGCCAGGUUUAUGUCUUGGAAGCACGGCCGGCAGACACCAUACCAUAGCAAGAGGAGCUUUACACAGGACCAGCUUCUUGCCAUUACACCCACUGAUGUCGCCCGGUUCCUGAACUUCCUUGCAUAUGGGAAGACCAAUCCUGGUCCCAAUGAUCGCCCCACCCAGAAGAGAUCUACCACUCUUGAACAAUACAAGAAGGCCAUCAGCCACUUCCAUCCGAACCGCCACUCGCCAUGGGCUGUUGGUCCCAAUGUUGGGAAUCCAACUCGCUCCACGAACGUCAAUGGAGUGAUCAAAGCUGUGAAGAAGGCGGAGGUCAGGAAGCAGGGAAGGAAAUCCAAUGUCAAGCGAGAUCUCAAGCUUCGAGAAUUCCGCAAGACCAUUCGGAUCCUGGAGCGUGAUGGAGGUGCCAACAUUGACCUCACGAUCAAGACUCCAACCAUGAUGAAGGUUCAGUUCCACAUGAUUGGUCGAACUGAUGAUCUGACGAACAUGGAGACAUUGGACUUCCGCAGCCACUCCAAGUUUCCAAACAUCGCUCUCCAAACCAAGGUAUCCUGGAGCAAGAACGUCCAGGAGGAGCGCGAUUGUCCUGACCAAAUUUUGCUGGGUGCCGCUGACCCUGACUUUUGCGUCCUGAUUGCCCUGGCUAUUUGGAUCGAGACAAGACUUGAGAGGGGACACGGUGAUCCCAAGUUUCUGUUUGGCCAUUACCGUGUCGACGAUGAAGAAGCGUUCCUUGCCGCCAUCGAGGCUCUGGACAACGACGAAGAGCUCGACGAGACCAACAUCGAGACGGAGCCAGAUCGAGUCAACGCCUGGUACCAACGCGUCUUGAAGAAGGCUUGGAAAGACCCGGAGUUCGUGGAGCUGGCCAAGCAAGUCCAGGGAAGCCUCGGUACCCACAGCCUUCGAAAGCUGCCUCCAACCUAUGCAGCUGAGUGUGGCAUCACCCAGGCCGAGAAUGAGGCUCGUGGUCGCUGGAAGGGCGAGAAGAACGGCCAUAUUGUCCAUGUCUACAUUGGACUGGAACAGUUGCCGACCGACGCCAAGGUUGCGGGAACUCUCGCUGUUGGAGGCCCCGUCAAGUACUCGAUCAAGAUUGACAGCGGUGUGGAUCAUGGGUUCAUUGGCGAGCAUGUCUGUCCUUCCAUUUGUGACUUCUUUGCCGACGACCCAUCCAACAACCUUCCGAUGGUACUUGGUCCUGCCUUGCUUUGGGCCGCGAUGGAGCCUGGCUUGGAGCAUAUGAUGCCGGCAGACAUUCGCAACCGCAUCCAGACUGAGUAUGCCCAGCUUCGAACCACUUUGGAUGAGGAUCCUGGGGCCGACUACAACCCUGUGGCCAAGAUUCCUCUGACAAUCUACAAGGUAGCCAAUGCAUUGCACAUUACUGAGUUGGCUCCCACCGCCCAGGUCCAAGCUGGUGCUGAGCCCUUGGUUGGAGGUGCUCCUGGUGGUGUCAACAUGGAACAGCUCAACCAAUUGCUUGCUCUUCAACACAGGACCCAGCAGGCGAUCGAGGAGGCCCAGCAGAUUCUUGCACAGGACAUCAGCUCCUUGAGGGGCUAUGUCUCGACCAACAUUGCCAUCGUGAACAAGAAUAUUGGGAGGAUCAACCACUUCCAGUUGAUCGCGAGGGGUGGUGGCAAUGGUGCUCCAAGGCUUCCUCUUCCUGGUGCGGCCGGUGGAGCUGGCGGUGGUGGUGCUGCGGGAGCUGGCGUCGGUGGUGCUGCGGGCGCUGGCGGAGGACUUCCCCCACCACCACCACCACCACCACCGCUGAGUCCUGGGCGUUUGGCCCGUCCUCCUGCCGCAAGGGCCCCUACACCCGCUACCCUGCCAGCGCAGCUUUCGAAGAAGCCUUUCAACCUCUACGAGCUGUGGGACGAGUGGAUCAAGGGCCUGAAUGGCAACAAGGCGGCUUGCGAGUUUACUGCUCGUGAGCGCGGCCGCGUCAAGGACAAGUUCUGCCGCCGCAAGCAUGUGUGGGACUGUGUGAUUCGGUUGAUGGCCAAGGGCUUCGAUUGGAGGGCUGCGGUCGACCGUAUCUAUGCCACCUACGGGUGGCUUACGGUCACCCAGAUCAUCAACAAGUUCAAGCACGACACGAAGAAUCAGCCCACCGGCUUCCACCCACGCUUGCGUUGA